AGGGCACCAUAGAGGUGCGGUCGGCACGAAAUCGAACACUGGGUUUUGGAAUUUUUAUAAUUCCAAACACACGGUGUUCCCCCCCCAUCUUUAUACAUGGAUGUCCCUUGUUCCCCCAUAAUUGACGACCACAUAUUACUUUUACUAGUUAGUAUACACCUCAUCCCCUCCUUGUACUUUUUUACCUCUAGUACUUAUUCUUAUUGUAACUAUGUCAAGAUAUUUUUGAUGUAGUAAGUACCUUGGUGCAAUAUAAUUACUAAAUUUGCAGUCUCUUGCUUCCUCAAUCGUUCUUUUGUCUGAAUUAGAACUAUAAUCGAUUCUUGUAUCAUCUCUCGAUGAUGUUGUAGUCGUAUUCAUUACGUUCAUAAGAAGCGGUGAAAAUUACUGACCUCAUUAAAGACAUUCUCGGUCCAUCUUGACUACAUUUCGAAGACCUCUAGUACUUGGUUAUUGUCACCUGUGCUGUCUAGUUCCAUUGAGUCUAACCCUGCUGUACUUCUCGUUCUCUUAUCUAUGUACAUGUAGUAUAUGAGACCACGAACUACUGCAAAAAUCUAGACAUAUCUGUAAAAGCUGUAUCUACUUAUUUUUCAUCAACAAGAAGGAACUAUAGAGACUGCAACUGUAUCUACUUAUUUUUCAUCAACAAGAACUAUAGAGAUAACGAUAGAGCAGGAUCAUCAACAAGAACUAUAGAUAUAACCAUAUUAGAGGAUGGCGGGUCAUCGUGAUGAGCGUGAAUCUCUCUCGCCGGACGAGGAUCGCCGGAUUCUUCUCGGCGUCGACGAUGAGUUUGAGUCGGAGCUCGUCGUGGAUGACGAAGAGGAAGUUGUCGUGGAAGAGGCCACCACGACCACGACGACUACCACUGUGGAAGUUAGCGAAGGAGUACAUGUUAAGGCUGUUGUAGCUUGAAUAAACGUAUCUACUUUGGACAUGAUCGCAUCCUUGAUGUUGAAAUGUAUGGAGGACGAGGAGUAAUAUCCACCUAAGGGAACGAAUAAUACUCUCCCAUACGAUAGUACUUUUCAAGGAUGCACUUGAAAGAUGAGAAUUACGGACAGCUCUAAACAUGCUGUUGCGAAUGAUCAGCUCCAACGGGUUCUGAACCGGAUAGACGAUGGUGGAGGCGCUAGUACCCAUGUCAGAGAGCAGCAGGUCAUGGAUUCGCCAGAUGGCGGCGCCCUCAGGUUUUACGGGCGUGCUCCUGCGCGGAUUUCAUCUCAAGGGCGCCCUAACAAUCCGGGUGCGGCAAUUGUCUCUGGACGUAUGUUACGGCUCGGCCUCUAUUAAUCCAUCUGAAUAAGCAAAAAUAUCUCGAAUCUGUCCCGUAGGAGCUGUCCCAUAACAACAUUUACAAAGGGAAAGGAGUCAGAUCCGAAACGAAUGACAAAAGAUGGAUUAGCAGGGCGAGCUCUAAGCAUGCCUACAGCCCAAUCGCCAACGUCCGGCAGUUCUGCGGCCGGUGCCGCUGUGUUGGUGCCUAUGAACAAUAGCAGUAUCCGUAGUUCAAACACGACCACUCCUCCUGGCAGCAUGUCAAGAGGAGCUCCUGUGGUCCCACCAGGAGGACAUCAAGCAGGUGGAGUGCACUUUUCAGAGUCAGUUCGGGUGUCAUCGUCAGCACUUGAGAGUGGUGGAGCGCGGCCUUUCGUCCGGUUGUCCAAUUCCCCGCACUACAUGAAGCACGUGGCCGCAGCUCCCACCGCACGGGGCAAUGCGAUGAGACGCGCCGCAGGGCCUAAUGUGGGUCCGAUGGCUGGCCCUCCCGGGGCAAAACGCCGACACUUAAGGGUUGGACAUUUCACCUCUCUGUCUCUUUGAGCAUGUCAAUCAAUAUAGAUACUCUGUGAGCAUAUCUAUGUCUUCUGUGAGCUAUCACUGUAUCUCCGUGAGCUAUCAAUGUAUCUCUGUCUUCUGUGAGCAUGUCUAUGCGAGUAGCUAACUGAAAUAGAUGAGCUAGCUUUACUAGUACAAGGCAACUCUCAUGUCAGUGCUAUCUUCUGCGUUAUUCUAGUCAUUUACUUGCUUAAUAUUUCAGUUUUUCGGGUAUAACCUUUUCAAGUAGAAGGAAAUGAGGCGUAGAUAUGCGAGGACCUAGUGAGCGGUCAACUUUCAACCCCUAAGACACCACCAGAGCUUUGCACCUAUGCGUCGGCACCAAAGUCAUGCGCCGGGAGCUCAACAGAAUGUGCGGCAAGGGACUAGUGCGGCAACCUUACCAGAGGAGCACCACGAAGAACAUCAAGAGCUAUUAGUUAGCAGUCCACAGCACGAUGAACCGCCACAGCAGGCACGCGGCGCGUCUAGGGACGACUCCCCCGAGGAUCUUCAACAAUUCCUGGGCCAAGGAGCACACUACGAUACUCUGCACAGCCAAAAGGGUGAGGACGAACCACCCCGGCAUGAAGAUUAUGGCCAAUUAUACGUAAUACAAGAUCUAGAAGAUGCAGAAUUGAUUUAAUAUCUCCGAUAGAUAGAUGUAGAUCUAGAUGUGUAAAGAAAAUUUUGAACCGGUUAUUUUCUUUCGACUUUUUUAAUCCCUCCGAGUAAUACUAGUAUAAUAGAUCUACAUGUAGUUGUAGAGUUGAUUUAUCUCAAUCGAUCCUUCUAAGGUCUAGUAAGUACCUGAUUAUCUCAAUUGAUCCUAAUACGACGUGCUGCAGUCAUCUUUCAAGGUUUUCAAAAUUCAUCUCAAUCUCAGUGUGGCACAUUGUCUCUGUCCGGCGGAUUGCAUCUAUGUAAUGUAAGUUCAGAAGCACCAGAAGAUACGUGGCACAAUUAUAAAUCUUCAGCUCGUUUAUUUUUAGAGCUUCAUGUCGUGGCUAGGUCACGAGCUAAUGAAUUGCAUUCUCUUUCUAGCGGCAGCUCUGUGGAUUAGUAGCGUAGUCUCGCUCAAAGGACACAUACCAACAAGUGGAUUAAUAGAAUAGCUCCUUCCCAAUCCAUGCAGAUUAGUAGCGUAGUCUCUCUCUUUGUGUUUUUCUAGCGCUAAGAUGAAAUGGAGGAUCUAGUUCGCGUGGAGAGCAGGCUCUCAAGAAUGGAGGAAGAAGAGAAUGAGUUGCUACAAGAUUACCACGAAGGAGAUCAAUUGCGGCUGUCACGACAUUCGCCCUACGAGGAAUUCGAAGAAAGCUUUGCCGUCAUUUUAAGGCUCAUCUUAAUGAGGCUCAUUGGUUCUCGUAUCACCCUAAAAAUAGGUUGAUUGUGCACUUUCUCGGCUAGUCUUGGACCGUCGCAGGAAGUGUUUCGUUUUGUUGCCGAUGUUGACCAAGCACGGCCAUUUGAGACGCACGAAUGUACGUUGCCUGAUAUAUCCUAGGUUAGUCCCUUCAUCCAAUUUAUCGAUUUGCAUUUGCAUUUAUUUAACAGUUGUAGUUCUUCUAAUAUUCGUCCUUCUGGGGCUGAUCUCCGUCUCAACCGGUGUAUCGGAGUCUCUUGGUGAAAAUAAGGGCGCGAAAUUGCAGCAUUCCUUACGUCUAGCUGUGGCACUUUUCUUGCUCUUUGGGUGCUUUGCCCUGCAAUGGUUUCUGCUUCAGUACAUCUCGUUUCAGAUGGGCGGAGGCGAAGCAGCGGAGUAUUAUCUUAAGGGUUCCCACAUUACAUCCUGCACUAACUUCCCUGACUCUUUUUCCGGUAGGAACUGAGUCAGGAAUGUUCUUCUGAGGAAUAUUAUAUUUCCGUAGCCUCUAAUUAUCAAGAUGCCCAGAAGAUUUUACCCGAAACAAGUAGCGCUAUGCGAGAAGCGAUGAAGCGUGGUGGGUCCUUAGACUGGCGCAAUGACGAGACCAAAAAAGAAAACUUGGAGAAAAUAUGCGGCUGGUCAGUAGCUAAUCCUGCAGUCACCAUUGGGAUGCUUAUCGUGUACCUGAUGCAGUUGCUCGUAGAACUCCGAAGCGCCUACCAACUAGUUAAGGCUCAGAAUAUUUCAUUUCUAGAAGUCAUUUCUCGCAAUUUUCUUCUUGGGAAUCUGAAGAAAUGAACGCAAUAAGUGAAAUGUUUUGAGCUCUAAACUAGGUCGCUGGGUCGUUACGGUGUCGGAGACCGUGCCCGAUUCAGCGGAAGGACUUGCCCACAUCGAGGAUAGACCUGGAGAACUCGUUAUUGUUGGUACAUGAUACUAUUGAUGUUGUUGUUGGCAUAGGAAUAACAUGCUCCACAGCUCGCUCCACAUCUCAGGUCUUCUAGCAUGAAGUUGUAGGACGUUGUCAUAAUGAUCCAUUUCUGUGGUAUUUGUAUUUCUGAUUUAAUGAUACUAACAAAUUAUGUAUGCCGCGCGUGAUUUUGAUAUGCCAUCAACCAACCAACAUCAACAAACCAACAAGCGUUUCUUCACUUGCACACCUGACGCCAUCAACAACCACUCCACAUACACCUCUUUAUAUCACAGGACUACUUACUACUCCACAACAACCUCUCCACAACAACCUCUCCACAACAACCUCUCCACAACAACCUCUCCACAACAACCUCUGCACAACAUCCCCACAACCUCUGCACACCCCCGUCAGGUUUAACGCGCGCAACGAGAUGGACUUUUUUCUUUCUGGUCUCCGUUCCCCAGCUGAUUGUUUUGUUCUUUCUCCUAAUGCAAGGAAUGCAAUUCGUCCUCGCCACGCCUUCGAGCAACGCUCUGGACAGUGUCAUCAACUAUUUUAUCGUAGUGCAGUUGCAGAUGUUUGUCUACGCGAUCGCGGUUACUCGCAGGCAGAAGGUGGAAAUUUCCAUGACGAUGCGGUAUUUGCCGAUUUCGGAAAGAAAGCGGGAUAUAUCUCCAGCAGCAACUGUGCGAGACUUUUUGAUUGUGUUGUCGCCCGUUCUGUUGGCGAUUUUGAUGUACUAUGUCGCUUUGCCGAGACUGCUGAAUCGGCCUAAACUCAAUUAAGUCUACAAAAAAUCCACCUGCAUAGGCAUCCUGGUCUCGUUUUUAAAGGGGAAACGGGACCCAAGAUUUUUUUUGAAAUUUCCCUUGGUUCUAACUCAACAUGCAGACGGUGUCGAACCUGUGCACAGGCUUCUUACAGGAAGACGUAUACGGAAAUCACUAUCGCUGGUACCACAUGAUGACCAUUUUCUCGCCAAAAAAGGGUCUAGCAAUGGCGGCGGGAGCAGCAGCUGCUACAACGGGAGCAGGAGCAGCGGGAGCUGCUGCAGGAGCUGGAGCGGCGGGAGCUGCUGCAGGAGCUGGAACUGCGGGAGCUGCCGGAGGAGCUGCUGGUGCUGCGGGAGGAACAGCAGGAGCUGGGGCAGCAGGAGCCGCCGGAGGAGCAGCAGCUACUACCGGAGCAGCAGUUGCUGGCGGUGUUGCUCGAACAGCAGCUGGCGCUGCUGCUGCUAGAGCAGCUGCUGCUGCCUCCUAGAAGUGGGGAUAAUGGAUGGGACUCGGAUUUUAACCAAUCUGCAUCCAUCAAGUGCCACGUAGAAAAAUCCGGAUCGGGUUAUCCGGCACAGAGCAUUCAAGCUGCAAGAACUAAGAUAUCGGUAAGACUGCAGCACAAAUCCAAAAAUUACUUUCCAGUUCGAGGUAGAGCUAGAGUUUUCAAGAUUACGUAUGGUGGUUCUUCUUCUUGUAUAGUUUUUUUUGCAUAAACAGUUAAGAUUUUUCGUAUUUACUACAUUUGUUCUCGAUCCUUACAUUCAUGCUCAUCGUCAGUAUUGCAGCAGAUUUACGUUUUCUAAUCAACACAUCGACAUCAUUAUCACACAUUGAAUAUUCAUGAUGAUCAAAUAGAACUGAAAUAAUAUAGUGAGGAGUUGAUAAAAGAAGUGCCUCCAUGUAGAACAGUGAAUAAUUACAGAUUGGAAAUAACAUUAACAUGCCAUGAUCAACAUCUUCUUUACGGAUUAUAGGCUUAAUAGGAGUUAUCUACUUACUAGGUUAGGUUAUCUACUUGCCUAACCUAGCCAACCUUUAUUACUUAACUCUUAGGAUUCUAUGUGUAUUUUUCCUAUUCGGCUGGGUUGAUAUUAGCGUUGUAUCCAAUUCCAGAUCCAGGCAUUACUACAUACUACAGUGAUGUUGAAUAUUGAUGAGUUCUUAUGUCGUUGUCGAGAUUCUUGACAGCGCAAGUUCAACGGAUGCUGCCUGAACAGUGAUCGACGGUGCAACGACGUUCUUGCAUUCAACUUCGUCCUUACUUAGUCGGAUUCAAUGCCUGCAGCUCCCAGAAAUGUACUUAGGCAAGCUGCCGAAUAGAUUAUAUCAAAACCAAAAAAAAAAAUGUUCGUCAUGUUGGUCUGGUCCUUGUGGAGUCUUGAUAAAGUCGCUAUGCACAGACCAAAUAGGGCACGAGGGAUCCGCAGAAAGAUGCAAAAAGGUGAAAGUCAAGAUAUUAUUUUGAAAACAGGGUCUAGGUCGUUGCUCAGCGACACGACGAGUCGUGAUGAGCGUUUCGAUAAGUG